AUGGCCGGCCCGAGGCCUCGAUCAAACAGCGUCCGCAGGGCUCGCGGGCUUUCGAUUGGAGAGGAUGGCAGGCUGGCGCCGCUGCGGCGAUGGGAUGGUGCCAACAAAACGUGCAGGGACUGGGACGGGCUGCGAAGAGACCCCGAGAUAUGGGAGAGAAACGGCAACUGCCUCGUCCACCUGUAUGCCAAGGGCGACUCGAAGCGCGGGCCGUCCUUCAAGCUGCCCUUUGCGGCCCUGCUCUCCGCCGGCUGCCUUCCACUCAUCGAAAAGUUCCUCGUGCUAGACAGCCUCGCGUCCAGGACGGCGGAGGAAAUCGAGAGGUGGGAUCAGCUGCAUCCAAGGUCGACGGCUGAGCUGUACAUCCCGGCCCCGCCGCAUGCCACCGAGAAGCAGGCUCAGCUCUACCACUUGUCUUUCAGGAACCUAUUUGCCUGGGUCCUGGGACGGCCAAUGGUGGGUGGAAACCUGGGAAGCGCACUCGUGGCGCUUCUGGACUCCAUGCGCGAGUUCAGGUCCUCUCGGGAGAGCAAUGUGGAUGACCUGCUCACUUACAUGCGCCACGCUCAUUACCUGAACAUGGCCGAGGAGCCAGUCCACGCGGCCGCAGUCCUCCACCUGGCAGAAACAUUUCAACUGAGUGACUUGUACAGGCGAGCCUUUGUCCACUGCGUCGGCAUGCAUGAGCGCCUGUUUUGCACUCCAGAGUACCAGCUCAUCAGUGCGGCAUCGCGAGCGCUCGUCCGCAGGGCGCGCUUGGAGAUGAACGCCAUGCUCCAGCAGACAGCCAACAGACUGAGGACCUUCCUCUACGAAGAGCUAUCAGAAGCGAAGAUGGGCAUUCCAGCCGCGACCCGCGCUCACCUUGACAGGUUUCGAAGCUUCCUGCUGGCCUUUUACUCCGCCAAGUUUGGCCGCUACCCUCCCAGGUCCUUCAAAGCAGGCCUGCUCAACAUCAUGGCAGAGGAUUUCGACGCCCUUUACGAGCUCCUGGUGGACAACAACUAUACCGUUUCGGGCAUCAUGCCCCCUACGGCGGUCGGCGGUAUCUGUACGGAGCAGCUUGUCCAGACGUUUGACGAGAACAACCAGUUCGAGCACUUGCCGCAUCCCCUUCCGCUUCUGCCCCAACUCGAGUCUACCCACGACGGGCUCCGCUGCCUCUCCAAGCUGCCCUUUGUCGAGAAGUUGACCGCCGGACAGCGGCAAGACACGGUUGCGGCCCUCAUUACGGCAUCCAACUGGACCGAGAGGUGUUUCAGGAACGACCUCGUCCAGGCGUACCGCCGCUUCGAAGAGGACGCUGUCCUGUCACCUAGCAAGGCUGACAAGAGCGAGAGAAUGUCCCUACUGGAGGCGCGCAAGGUGCGAUGGGUUCUGAUCUAUGCGGUCCACCAAGUGCUGCGCUGUGCGACACAGAAACCGGCCGAGGCGCGGGACGAGGAGGCGUCUUAUCAUCUCGCAGUCUCGUUGAAGGGCACCCCUCCAUGGGCGUCGACGCCUCACGAGGCGAAGCAGACGCUGCGCAUCGAGACGGACAUUGUUGCGAGCGACGACCUCGUGACCAAGCGGGUCAUCAAGAUCUCGGAAACUCCGGUGAGCAGGAUAGAGAUCAAGCCCGACAUUGACUACUUUGCGUUGGCGCACAAGAGCCGCGAUCCGUCCUUGUCCACCCUGUCGGACAAUUCUUCACCGACCACGCUGUCCCGGUCUAGCUCGUUUUCCAUCUGCCUGCGGCGCAACUCGACCAUUCGCAGGUCGUUGCGGAGGUUUAGGAGGAGUUCCUCGUCGGCGUCACCAGCAUCGACGACGCCGUCUUCGCCGGGACCAGCGAAGCCCUUGUACCACGAGAUCGUCGUACAAGGCUAUGGCAACGGGACACAGACCGUCACGGUCGAGCCAGACGAA